AAUUUGCUGUUUACGGCGGGCUUAAUUUAGUUUCGGUGUGGGGAAACGGUCAGUCUUUGUCGCGAAAUAUGGGUUUAAUUGAUGAUUGUCAAGUUUAUUUUGGAACAAAUUGCUUAUACAGUGUUCUUUUGGUUGACAAAAGCGCUUCUGAAGAUGAAUUGAAGAAAGCAUACAGAAAAGCAUCCUUGCUCCUGCAUCCCGAUAAAGCAGAUGAUAGUGAAAAGGAGACUGCUACAAGGAAAUUUCAAACUGUGUCCAAAAUUUACAGUAUUUUAUCAGAUCCUGAGAAGCGAGUUACUUAUGAUGAGACAGGUUGUAUUGAUGAUGAAAAUGCUUUUGAACCUGAUAAAGAUUGGCAGAGCUACUGGAGGUUAUUAUUUCCAAAAAUAACAGAAGAACAAAUUGAUAAUUUUUUGAAGACUUACAAAGAUUCUGAAGAAGAGAAAGAAGAUUUGAAAAGCUGCUAUAUGAAGUUCAAAGGAGAUAUGUCUAAGAUGUGCGAAUGUUUAAUUGGAUAUAAUAUUGAUGACGAGGAUAGAUAUUAUCAAAUUCUAAAUGAUUUGAUCCAAAAAAAUGAAAUACCUAAAUUUCCGAAGUUUCUGAAUGAAACUGCACAGAAGAGAAUGACUAGGAGAAAAAGAUUUAAAAGGGAAGCUGCAGAAGCUGAAAAAAUGAAAAAAGAAAUGGGCUUUGAUAAAGGACUAGUUGCAGCAAUGGCAAACAGGGCUACAGAACGUAAAAAUCAGUUUGAUGAUAUGAUGAAAAAUCUAGAAGCAAAAUAUGGAAAGAAGCAAACAAAUACCAAAAGGAAGAAAUGAAAGAUUUUGUUCUUUUGAUGAAAAUAUUAAAUGUAAUUUUAUUAAAUAAAUAAUUCAGUAACAUCA